CAUUCCCCUAUUCUUUCAUUUCACACGUUCUGCAGAUCAUUGAUCUCCUACGCUAGCUAUGUCUAUUUCGCGCAGCUUCUUCCGCGAGCUUCGUCCUCUUUUCCGUAUGCUGGAGGAACCGUUCGGUCGCCCAGCAGCAGUUGGGCCAAGCCUCCAACGGUCUCUUCUUGAUGACCCCUUCUUCCGCUCGCCCGCCCUAUUGCAGCCCGCCGUCGAUGUUACAGAAGAGGGCAACAAAUAUGUCAUUGAGGCGGAGUUGCCGGGAGUGAAGAAGGAGAACAUCCAAGUCCGCGUCGGUGACGGAGGUCGGAGCCUCACAAUCGAGGGCAAGGUGGUCAGCAGGAGGAGCGAACCUGAGGAGGCUUCUCAGCCGGUGGGCGCAGCUACAGGCUCGCAGUCUGCGACGGACGGCGAAGAAGCAACCGCGGUGGCGACGAAAGCGCAAUCGACGCAGCUCUCUACAGAGCGCUACUUCUCCGGGACAUCGUCCUUCUCCCGAACCGUGUUUCUGCCCCGCCCGAUAGACAGCUCUAACGUCUCGGCAAAACUCAACGACGGUGUACUUACGGUCACGGUUCCACAGGCAGAGGACAAGGGAAGCGUGCAGAUUCCCGUCGAAUGAAGUCCAUGAUGGAUGGAUCUGGAUUGCAAUGUAUCGUUUCAUGGACUCAGCCGGUGUAUCAUUGUAGCCGUUAGU